AUGUUAUCCCCUCCCCAGAUGGUUUUCUUCCCUCCCUCCGAAUGACCCAAGUGGAUGAACCCCCUUUCCCGGCCACUGCUCGCUUCCACCAGUUGAGGGCACAUUGCACAGCCGCGGAUAGUUAAGACCCACGUAACGGAAGAAAUGCCAAAAGGGAGGUCUUCCCCCUCAGCGCCGUGGGAAGGGUAGCACCGAAGGGACGACACAAAAGGGAGAGGAAGAGGGUUCGACUACACCCAUAAGCAUGAGUAGCAGCAGUAGAAGCAGCAGCACCGCCACCCCUAUACGUAACGGCACACACAUUUGAGUCGUCUCACCCGGAAAAGUGUCACACACGAAGGAGACAGCUCCGUAACGUUUUGUUUAAAAAUCCUGCGUUAGGUGCUUUGGCUGGGGGGUUGGCCCAGCAUGCCCUUUUUUUCCUUUUCCCCCAUUUUUGCUGAUAUGGGAAACUAACUUAUAAACGUUGGCAUAAUUUACCGCUCCGUCUGUACCUCUCCCCCCCUACGUACUUGUGAUGGCCUUGCUGCCACCUUCAGAGGCAAAGCAAAUUAUGCCGCAACUAUUGAAAAAAAUAAAAUUGCUUCUGAGCGCCCUGUUCACUCUUCAGUGGGAGGCAGCCCACUCUGUACACUCCCUCCACACGCACAAAGGGACUCACCACAGGAAAAUAAUAAACUCUGUGUUGUAUCUAGAUAGGCAGUUAUGUGACCCUUUUUUAUAUUCCCCCAAUCGAAGGAGAAAGCCCCCCACUGGGGCUACACAGAACAAGAUCAGGUGCACCCCGGCAGGGAAGGAAGAGGAGGACGCUGCGUUUGGAAUUGAACUGGAGAAUCUCGUGAAAGACUUAGAGGAGGGGAAAUACGGGGAUGAGUCGCUGAACCUAUACCGGGAGGUGGAGCGCAGGAACGCAGAGGAAGAAGAAAAGGAAGCCCAAGGGGUGAAAAAAGCAGAAGAGCAAAUCGACAUGCACGAUGUGGAAGGCGUAAUUAACAACACGGACCCAAAUCUUAAGACCUCAGUCAGAAAGGCAUUUUACAACACAGAUCUGAAUGAACAGGACAGCCAAGAUGUGAAGAGGGAAUAUAACAUGAUGAAAAAAAUUGAAAAAACUUUUGAUGACAUUGACGAUGUGAAUUAUCCUCAGGAGAAGUUAAACAUGAAAAAUGUGUUGGAUAAAAUUAGCUCCAUGAAAGACCCGGAAAAUCCAGAGACGCCAUUCAAGGACACCGCGAAGACUUUGAUGAAGUACAAGGGGCUGCUGCACAUGCCAUAUGAGCAGUGUAGGUUGCUCAACGGUAGCCAGCUCCACUGGAGGGAAUCGCUGGACCACCUCGAGUUAAAUAUCCCCAUUUUUGAAGAAACCGACCACAAAGACGUCCUCUUCCAAUUCGGAAAUGACCACAUCAAGUUGGAAGUCCUCAGGAGUGGCAGCAAAGUCCUUCUGCUAAAUCAUAAGCUAUGUGGGAAGAUAAACUACGGAGACGCGUACUGGGUGAUAACUGGGGAUUACAAGGAGGGCCAGAAGCACAUCAACUUGGUCAUUCCCAAAAUGGGGGCUUUUAAAUACAUAUGGGAGAAAUUGCUGCAGGACGGGGAGCAGAAGGCCUAG